AUCAUGAUAAUUUAAAACAAAGUGUUUUCUCUCUUCUACAUGGCAAUAUUACAGAGGAAAGAAAAGCUGAGUACAACUCAAUGAGCCCUGACAUCUCUCUUCAUGGAAUUGGAAAUGGUACAGUUAAGGGUAUUGAUGCCUCUUCAGAGCUGGAAAGCUUCUUUGCCAAGAGGAAACUGGAUGACGGUGAGGGACAUGCAGCGAGCAUUGCAGAAUACCUGCAGGAUACUGUUAUCAUUUAUCCAGAAGAUCCAGACGAGGGUACACGACUAGGAACACCGGAGGCCAACGGACAAGAUGAAAAUGAAAACGAUCUGGCACUGAGGACGCCAGAUGCCUUUGCCCAACUGUUGACCUGCCCCUACUGUGACCGGGGCUACAAGCGGCUGACCUCUCUGAAGGAGCACAUCAAGUACCGACAUGAGAAAAACGAUGAGAGCUUCCCCUGUCCCCUGUGCAGUGACACCUUCGCCUACCGCACCCAGCUAGAGCGCCAUAUGGCCACACAUAAGCCUGCCAGAGAUCAGGUGAGACGAGGCCCACCUCAGUCAGUACCCACACUCGUUAAUUUCAAAUCAUGUUUUUUCAAAGAUUAUUAUAGAAAUUCAUUGUCAAAGAUGCAUCAUCUCACAUUCUGAGCAUUUACUUAAAGG